AUGGGGUGGGCGGGGCCGGCCGCCGGCCAAUCCUCGGGCCGCCAGGGAGGGCCGGCCAGUCCCGCGCCUCUACGUCACAGCCGACGGCGCCGCUCUCCGGAAGCCGAGCCCGAGAGAAUGGUGGUGGUGGUGGGGACGGGCCAGGGCUGCAGUCUGCGGUCAACAGGAAACGGGCUGCUGGCCAUUCCAUCGGCCUCUGUCGCCAGUAACGAAGUAGCAUCCCGAACUGGGCCCCUCCUAUCCUCCUGUUUUACCCUGGGCUUCCGGGAUUUCUAA